AUGCGUAAGCAUCUGGCAGAAAAGUUAAAGCCCGUCUUCGCCAUUCUUCACCGCCUUGAAGGUGUUUCUGAUCAAUCCUUUCAUCCGAAACAAGGGGGAGAAAGUAUGGUUGGUGGAUCAAGAGAAGAAGGACAUGAAGCUCCUGUCAAGCCUAUUAUCAAGAUAGAACCCAAAGGCAAGGAAACGUUGUUCCGUGACGACCCAAUUCUUGAUAUUGAAGUCGAGGAAGAGCCCACUAAAGAAGAUUUGAAAAGACGAAAAGUUCGUGAAGCUGAACUGGAUGAGCACCAGCAUAUCAUCCGUGAAGCUGAAUAG